GAUUUCCAGAAAGCCAAAGAGUACCAUGAACGACACCUCAAAAUUUCCAAAGAAGUGGGAGACAGGGCAGGAGAAGGAAUGGCGUACUGUAAUCUUGGCAACGCCUAUCACAGUUUAGGAUAUUUCCAGAAAGCCAUAGAGUACCAUGAACGAGACCUCAAAAUUUCGAAAGAAGUGGGACACAGGGUAGGAGAAGGAAUAGCGUACCGUAAUCUUGGCAACACCUAUCACGGUCUUGGAGAUUUCCAGAAAGCCAAAGAGUACCAUGAACGACACCUCAAAAUUUCCAAAGAAGUGGGAGACAGGGCAGGAGAAGGAAUGGCGUACUGUAAUCUUGGCAACGCCUAUCACAGUUUAGGAUAUUUCCAGAAAGCCAUAGAGUACCAUGAACGAGACCUCAAAAUUUCGAAAGAAGUGGGACACAGGGUAGGAGAAGGAAUAGCGUACCGUAAUCUUGGCAACACCUAUCACGGUCUUGGAGAUUUCCAGAAAGCCAAAGAGUACCAUGAACGACACCUCAAAAUUUCCAAAGAAGUGGGAGACAGGGCAGGAGAAGCAAUGGCGUACUGUAAUCUUGGCAACGCCUUUAGAAAUCUUGGAGAUUUUCAGAAAUCCAUAGAGUACCAUGAACGAGACCUCGAAAUUUCGAAAGAAAUGGGAAACAGGGCAGGAGAAGGAAUAGCGUAUGGUAAUCUCGGUAACGCCUAUGACUGUCUUGGAGAUUUCCAGAAAGCCAAAGACUACCAUGAACGACAACUCAAAAUUUCGAAAGAAGUGGGAGACAGGGCAGGAGAAGGAAAAGCGUACUGUCAUCUUGGCAACGCCUUAAGAAAUCUUGGAGAUUUCCAGAAAUCCAUAGAGUACCAUGAACGACACCUCAAAAUUUCGAAAGAAGUGGGAGACAGGGCAGGAGAAGGAAAAGCGUAUGGUAAUCUCGGCAACGCCUAUUACAGUCUUGGAGAUUUCCAAAAAGCCUUAGAGUACCACGAACGAGACCUCAAAAUUUCCAAAAAAGUAAGAGACAGGACAGGAGAAGGAAUAGCGUACGGUAAUCUUGGCAACGCCUAUCACAGUCUUGGAGAUUUCCAGAAAGCCAUAGUGUUCCAUGAACGAGACCUCAAAAUUUCGAAAGAAGUGGGAAACAGGGCAGGAGAAGGAAAAGCGUUCGGUAAUCUCGGCAACGCCUAUCACAGUCUUGGAGAUUUCCAGAAAGCCAUAGAGUACCAUGAACGACAACUCAAAAUUUCGAAAGAAGUGGGAGACAGGGCAGGAGAAGGAAUAGCGUACUGUAAUCUUGGCAACGCCUUUAGAAAUCUUGGAGAUUUCCAGAAUGCCCUAGAGUACCAUCAACGACACCUCAAAAUAUCGAAAGAGGUGGGAGACAAGGCAGGAGAAGGAAAAGCGUACGGUAAUCUUGGCAUCGCCUAUCACAGUCUUGGAGAUUUCCAGAAAGUCAUUAAGUACUAUGAACGACAACUCAAAAUUUCGAAAGAAGUGGGAGACAGGGCAACAGAGGGAAAAGCGUAUGGUAAUCUUGGCAACGCCAAUCACAGUCUUGGUGAUUUCCAGAAAGCCAUAGAGUACCAUGAACGACAUCUCAAAAUUUCCAAAGAAGUGGGAGACAGGGCAGGAGAAGGAAAAGCGUACGGUAAUCUUGGCAACGCCUUUGGAAAUCUUGGAGAUUUCCAGAAAGCCAUAGAGUACAAUGAACGAAAACUCAAAAUUUCGAAAGAAGUGGGAGACAGGGUAGGAGAAGGAAAAGCGUAUGGAAAUCUCGGCAACGCCUAUUACAGUCUUGGAGAUUUCCAGGAAGCCUUAGAGUACCACGAACGAGAGCUCAAAAUUUCCAAAAAAGUGGGAGACAGGGCAGGAGAAGGAAUAGCGUAUGGUAAUCUUGGCAACGCCUAUCACAGUCUUGGAGAUUUCCAGAAAGCCAUAGAGUUCCAUGAACGAGACCUUAAAAUUUCGAAAGAAGUGGGAAACAGGGCAGGAGAAGGAAAAGCGUACGGUAAUCUCGGCAACGUUUAUCACAGUCUUGGAGAUUUCCAGAAAGCCGUGGAGUACCAUGAACGAAAACUCAAAAUUUCGAUAGAAGUGGGAGACAGGGCAGGAGAAGGAAUAGCGUAUGGUAAUCUUGGCAACGCCUUUGGAAAUCUUGGAGAUUUCCAGAAAGCCAUAGAGAACCAUGAGCGACACCUCAAAAUUUCGAAAGAAGUGGGAGACAGGGCAGGAGAAGGAAAAGCGUACGGUAAUCUUGGCAUCGCCUAUCACAGUCUUGGAGAUUUCCAGAAAGCCAUAGAGUACCAUGAACGAGACCUCAAAAUUUCGAAAGAAGUGGGAGACAGGGCAGGAGAAGGAAAAUCGUACGGUAAUCUUGGCAGCGCCAAUCACAUUCUUGGAGACUUUCAGAAAGCUAUAGAGUACCAUGAACGACACCUCAAAAUUUUGAAAGAAGUGGGAGACAGGGCAGGAGAAGGAAAAGCGUACUGUAAUCUUGGCUGCGCUUAUGACAGUCUCGGAGAUUUCCAGAAAGCUGUUCACUAUUACAAGAACAGUGUUGUUGCCUUGGACCAUAUCAGGGGAAAUCUUAUAUCUAAUGACGAAUGGAAGAUUAGCCUUGGGAGUACCUAUGAUGAUAUUUAUUUGAGGCUAUGGGGGCUGCAGUUUAAGCAGGGUAAAGUCGUUGAGGCACUUUUAACUGCUGAUCAUGGACGUGCACAAUCUUUGAAUGAUCUUCUGAAGUUCAAGUAUGGGUUCAAAGGGUUACGUCCAGAAAUAGGAACACUCUCUGCAACAACACCUGACAUUCUUAGUUACCUACCAUCAAAUACAGUUUUCAUAGGUAUCAGGGAGGGAGGAAUAGUUCUCUGGGUUAACGAGAAAGGGGAAGAAAUCAAAACUAGAAGAAUUCAGAUCGAUAUGUCUGUCACAACCUAUUUUCAGUCUCUAUUGGAGACUGCACAUGAAAAAAUAGGUGUGAGAGCUGAUGUUAACUGUGAAGAUCGCUCACUAAGGAACCGAAGCAAAAGAAAGUUAGCAGAAGAAAGAUCCAGUACGCCGAGGUCUCCUUCCUCAUCUUUUGAGACAAAGCCAUUACAAACAUUUUACGAGGUUGUUAUAGACCCUAUAAGAGACUUACUCCAUAGCGAUGAGGUUGUGAUUGUUCCACAAGGACCUCUGUGUUUGGCGCCUUAUGCUGCUUUCAUGGACGUGAAAUCAAAGUAUCUCUGCCAAACUUUUAGAAUUCGUUUGCUUCCCUCACUUUCUACUCUGCGAUUAAUCCAAAACUGUCCAGCAGAUUGGCACAGCAAGACUGGUGCUCUUCUCGUCGGCGAUCCGUGGGUACAGGAGGUAGUUUAUGAAGAAAUGAGGCUAGAGCAGUUAGAGUGGGCCAAAAAGGAAGUGCAAAUGAUCGGGGAAAUACUUCAAACUGUACCUCUCGUUGGAAAGCAGGCAACAAAAGAUGAAGUUUUGAGACGUAUCUCCUCGGUUGCUUUGGUGCACAUUGCUGCUCAUGGUAAAAUGGAAACAGGAGAAAUUGCCUUGGCCCCAAACGCACAUAGGCAGUCCCUGAUUUUAGACAAGGAGGACUAUCUCUUAACUAUGAAAGAUGUUUUAAAGGCGCGGAUUAGGGCAAGACUUGUUGUACUUAGUUGUUGUCAUAGUGCUCGGGGAGAAGUCAAAUCAGAGGGUGUGGUCGGCAUCGCACGGGCAUUUUUGGGUGCUGGUGCUCGUUCUGUUCUGGUGUCCCUGUGGGCGAUCGACGACGAAGCUACAAUGGAAUUCAUGAAGUUUUUCUACCAACAAUUAGUCACUGGACGAAGUGCCAGUGAGACCUUGAAUAAAGCCAUGAANGGAGGACUAUCUCUUAACUAUGAAAGAUGUUUUAAAGGCGCGGAUUAGGGCAAGACUUGUUGUACUUAGUUGUUGUCAUAGUGCUCGGGGAGAAGUCAAAUCAGAGGGUGUGGUCGGCAUCGCACGGGCAUUUUUGGGUGCUGGUGCUCGUUCUGUUCUGGUGUCCCUGUGGGCGAUCGACGACGAAGCUACAAUGGAAUUCAUGAAGUUUUUCUACCAACAAUUAGUCACUGGACGAAGUGCCAGUGAGACCUUGAAUAAAGCCAUGAAAUCCAUGCGAGAAUCUGACCGCUUUAGCGCAGUGAAGUACUGGGCGCCGUUUGUGCUCAUUGGUGAUGACGUAACGCUGUUUGAAGGCAGCGAUUAA